AUGGUUUCGUCUUCUGUUAAACUCCUACUCUCUGCCUUCGGCUUAAUGGGCUUCGCUACUGCAGCAGUCCAGUGCGACCUCGUCGCCAGUGACGAUUGCGGCCGAAACUCCCACAGUCUCGACCAUAAAUUGCCCACAAGCGUCGGUUCAACCUUUUUUGCCGAUGGAUUUCACGGCGGUGUAGUGAAUGCCAAAUUUGAGUCAGAGACUCAAUCUGUCUCUGGCAACUCUCAAUAUGUCGAUCUGACGUAUAACUUCAACCUUGGUGAUUAUGAUGGCACGUACUGGGUUCAACUGCCGACAUCUUUCGGGGGUGGGACAUCCUGCUAUGCGGUGUACAAAAACUGUGAUGUUAUCGUUAAAUUCUGGGACAAGAACAACCCUGUUCCUGACCACUACACCCUUGCUUAA